GAAGAAUACAUUGCCGAUCUUGAUUCAAAGACAGGAGCAUCGCUAAAACUAACUAUUUUGAAUAGAAAAGGACGAAUAUGGACAAUGGUAGCUGGUGGUGGAGCCUCAGUAGUUUACGCAGAUACUGUAUGCGAUCUUGGAGGUGCAGGUGAAUUAGCCAAUUACGGCGAGUAUUCCGGAGAUCCUUCAGAGACCCAAACUUUCGAGUAUGCUAAGACCUUAUUGUCCGUAAUGACUGAGGGGCCACCUCAUCCUCAAGGCAAGGUGCUGAUUAUUGGAGGAUCCAUCGCGAACUUCACGAAUGUGGCAAAGACGUUUGGAGGAAUAGUUCGGGCUUUCGAAGUAUUUAUUGAACGUCUACAUGAACACAAGGUAACCAUCUAUGUACGCCGUGGUGGCCCUAAUUAUCAAGAGGGCCUGCGGAAAAUCAAAGAAGCUGCAUCGAAACUCGACCUGCCAAUGCAUGUAUUUGGGCCUGAAACGCACAUGACAUCAAUUGUUGGACCAGCCCUUGGAAUCAGUGAACUACCAGCUGUUCCUCAUGCUCCUCAGACUACUGGACAGUUCUUGCUCAGCCCGGAAAGGAAUACAGCGGGCGGUAUUCGAACUCCCGAAGUCGAUCCAUCCUCAGGUGACGCAGCCGUACAAAUGGACAACGACGAAGACGCACAUAAAGUCUACGACAGUUUGUUUGAAAGGAAUACGAAAGCCAUUGUGUGGGGACAACAACAAAAGGCAAUUCAGGGCAUGCUUGAUUUUGACUACGUCUGUCGUCGUAAAGAGCCAUCUGUUGUGGCAUCUACCUAUCCUUUUACUGGAGACAACAAACAGAAAUACUAUUUCGGACAACGAGAAAUUCUCAUUCCUGCGUACAAAUCCAUGGCUAAGGCUUUUGCCACACAUCCAGAAGCCAGUGUGAUGGUCACAUUCGCUUCGCUUCGCUCUGUUUACGAAACCGUGCUGGAGGCCCUCCAAGUCCCACAAAUUCGUGUUAUAGCUAUCAUCGCUGAAGGCGUACCUGAGAAUCAGACUCGAAGAUUGAUCAAGAUGGCUGGCGAUAGGGGAGUUACCUUGAUUGGUCCUGCGACAGUGGGAGGAAUCAAGCCAGGGUGUUUCAAAAUUGGUAACACUGGUGGAAUGAUGGACAAUAUUCUCUCUUCGAAAUUAUAUCGUCCUGGAAGUGUUGCUUACGUUUCACGAAGUGGUGGAUUGUCGAACGAGCUGAAUAACAUAAUUGGAUCGAAUUCCGAUGGAGUAUUUGAGGGAAUUGCUAUUGGUGGCGACCGCUAUCCAGGAUCUACUUAUACCGAACAUAUUCUUCGUUAUCAGAACGAUGACAGGUAG